AUGAAUUGGCUCGCGACGUUGACGGGCUAUAUUGCGCCGCUGUUCCUUAUUCUCUCACCCAUCAUCUCCUAUGGCGACCAGGCCAUCUCAAUGCAGCGCAAGAAGACCAGCGCAGGCUUCUCUCUCGAUAUUCCCCUGAUUAUGCUCGUCGCAUCUCUGUUCAGGAUCUUCUACUGGCCCGGCGCACGAUUCGAUGCGAGCUUGUUGAUACAAUCCCUGAUCAUGGUAGGAAUGCAAGUAGCGCUCCUCAAGAUUGCCCUUGAUCACCGGCCUGCGCCGUCAAACAAGGGCGGGGAGGCUGGCCUGCCGUUUGCCACCCCUCCAGAGGGUCUCUUUACUCAAAGGCCAUAUAACUUCUGGCAAUGGAGAUCGCCGAAGCCAUAUUGGCAAUUCAUCGUCUACCUCUUCAUUGGCUUGCUCGCUGGCGAGGUUGUCGUGUCCAGCAUGACGCCUGGCUAUUAUCCCACGUAUUCCGAACUAGUCGGAAUCAUCGGCCUCUCCGUCGAAGCCAUCCUUCCGAUCCCGCAGAUCAUCGCCAAUGCGCAGUCCAAGUCUUGCAAGGGCUUCCGGGUGUCCGUGCUUGCCAGUUGGAUCGGAGGAGACGCCAUGAAGAUUUACUGGUUCUUUACGGCCACGUCCGAGAUCCCGCUGGCAUUCAAGAUGUGUGGCAUCUUCCAGGCUUGCUGCGACUGCUUCCUCGGAAUCCAGUAUUUUUUCUAUGGAGAGGGCAAAGAUGCUACCAUCAAGGGCCAUCCGCUGCAAGACAUUUCGUCCCAAGAUAUGGGCUGGAAAUAG